GACUGGUCCAUCAAGAAGAGAGAGAGAGAGAGAGAGAGAGAGAGAGAGAGAAAUGGUGGUGAAGUUGUACGGGCCUGAUUCUGCAGCGUCGAAUCGAGUGCUGGUGUGCCUGAUCGAGAAGGGCGUCGAGUUUGAAACCGUCCCUGUCGAUCUCUUCAAGGGCGAGCAGAGAGCCCCUGAGUUCCUCAAGCUCCAGCCCUUCGGAGCAGUUCCUGUGGUUCAAGAUGGCGACUGCACUCUGUUCGAAUCGCGAGCGAUCAUAAGGUAUUUUGCCGAGAAAUACAAGCACCAAGGGACCGACCUGCUGGGGAAGACGAUAGAGGAGAGGGGGCUUGUCGAGCAGUGGCUCGAAGUUGAGGCCCAGAACUACCACCCCCCGAUCUUAGACCUCGUCCUCAAAAUUGUUUUCGGCCCAUUUAGGGGACUUACCCCGGAUCCGAAGCUGAUCAAAGAGAGCGAGGACAAGCUCAGCAAGGUGCUGGAUGUCUAUGAGGAGAGGCUGUCAAAGGGCAAGUACCUGGCAGGGGAUUUUGUCAGCCUUGCCGACCUGAGCCACCUCCCGUUCACCCAAUACUUGGUGGGCAAGAUAGGGAAGGGGUACAUGAUAAGGGACCGGAAGAAUUUGAGUGCCUGGUGGGAUGAUAUCUCCGGUAGGCCUUCUUGGAAGAAGGUCCUCGAGCUCUGGCCUGGUCAGUAUUAGGACCGUAUUAUUAGG